GAUUUUGGCAUUGGUCCCAAUAAUAAACGUUGUUCAGUAUGACCUGUAAAGAAAUCCUAUUCUGUAAAGUCACUACGCAGAGUAUUAAAUUUCACCCUGUAUUGAGUGGUUAAAUUUCACCCUGUAUAUUGACCACAGCUAUGCUAUUUUUACAUAUUUGCAACUGCGAGAGUGCGCACAUCAGCCGACGAAUCGCGUACCUUAUGAGGUGCAAAGCCAGUUGGUUGUCACGCGCGCUCGCGGACGCACGUUACUGCACUCAUCGCGCGCUCCGAAAAUAAUGUCUUCGUUACGUGGAAAUAACACCCGCUGCAGUGUAGAUGGGUGUAAAAACAACAAAAGGAAUAAACAUUUAUCGUUUUUCGCCCUUCCGGCAGACGAGGAAACGCGAAACAGAUGGUUAGAAAUUAUAGGUAGAACUGACCUAAUAGAAAAAAAAGAUUUGAAACCAAGAAACUAUGUCGUUUGUUCCGCUCAUUUUGAAAAAGACAUGAUUAUACAGACGCCUCGCCUAAAGCCAGAAGCAUUGCCUACUAAGUAUAUUCCUGACGUGCCUACUACAUGUCCAGAUAAAACAACCACGGAUGGAACAACACAAACGAAUUUGGACGUCAAUAUAACAUCUGAUAAUAAAAAUGUUAGUACAUAUAAAACAGUAGAAACACAAACCGAUGAGGCACGAAACGAUACAGCGCAAACAUCUAUUGGUGUUUCUACGGGCAUACUAAGAAAAAGAAAACUUCGGACAGGAAUACAGGACCCUGAAGAAAAUAAAAGAAAAUUAGAAUUGGUUAAGAAGAAAAUAAUGAGACUUCAGAAAAUUGAAAAAGAACUUGAAGGUGAUACAUCUCAUUCGCAUUCUGGGUGGUAAAUUUUAGAUAUGUGACUUCAACCCUAAUGUUCCUAAAGAAGCAUAUUGUCGAAUCAAUAAA